AUGUUCGGCAAGCGUUCUUUGGCUAGUUCAAAGGACAAGGACCGUUCAGGCAAGAUCACCAAGCAGCCAAAGAGAUCGUUUCGCGAUGCCUCCAAGCAAAAGGCCAUGGCCGAGAAGCUGGAUGCACGCAAGGACAGCCCCAUGAUGGACGGAGGUUCACCGCAGCUGACCUCUGCCAUUGUGACAGUCAUCGUUGGUUCCGACCAGCGACUGUUCGCGGCCCACGAAGAUGUACUGUGCCAUUCUCCGUACUUUGCUGAACUGCUGCGGAGCCAGUUCUUCGAGUCAACUAACCGCCGCAUCGAUCUGCCCACGGAAGAGCCUGAAAUCUUCAGUUGCAUCCUCGAGUAUCUGUACAAGGGAGACUACUACCCCCGCCUUGUCCACGACAAGCGGCGCCAGACCUGGAUGCUCGAAGGUGCAAUUGCCUCACCCGACCCCAACAAAACCGGCGACCGCGCUGCCGCAGUCGAGCCAACCUUUUUCCACACCGGCGCGGGAGACGUUCUUCUCCGUGACACUGCUGUGUACUGCGCUGCCGAUCGUUACGGCCUUGAGGAGCUCAAGAAGCUCUCCCUGCGCAAGCAGGGCCUGCAGAGCGGGAUCGAGGUCGGAACAAUCCUGCGUAGUGCGCGCUAUGCCUAUGAGAACACGCCAGACAGCGACUCGCGGCUGCGCGCUCAUUACCUCGCUCUGAUUAUCCGCAGUCGGAAAACCUUCAAGCGUAGCGGAACCAUGCAGAUGGAGAUGGAGAUGGGAGGAAAGCUGUUCUUUGACUUGUUCGUGGCCAUGUGCAAUCAUGUCGAUGAUCUUGUGGAUGCGAGCGCCUCCGCUCGCGGCACUCCCAGGACCAUCUGA